CAAUUUGACAUUUUGAAUUGAAUACACAUAACACAAAAGUGUUUUUGAUUCUGCUGUGUAAUCAUUGAAACCUAAAUCUUUCGUCUGAAUCAUUGUAAAAGAUGGAAACUAUUUUGGGAAUUAAAGGAUCUGAUUUUGUAAUGCUGGCUGCAGAUUGCACCCAAGCACACUCAAUCAUCUCCUUGAAAGAAGAUCAGGAUAAAAUACAUACCAUUUCCGACAAACUUUUAAUGGCUGCAAUUGGGGAUACUGGUGAUGCUAUUCAGUUCACUGAGUAUAUCUCGAAGAAUUUGGCAUUGUACAAAAUGCGUAACGGGUAUGAACUAAGUCCAAAAUCGGCUGCUCAUUUCACUCGUAGAAACUUAGCUGACUACUUGCGCAGCAGUACUCCGUACCACGUCAAUUUAUUUGUGGCUGGAUACGACGAAAAUGAAGGGUCCGAAUUGCACUAUAUCGAUUACAUUGCAAACGCUAAAUCGUUGAAUUAUGCUGGACAAGGUUAUGGUGGUAUAUUUGCUGCUAGUAUUUUUGACCGAUACUGGCACCCAAAAAUAACGCAGGCUGAAGCCUAUGAUAUUCUUCAGAAGUGUGUUGCAGAAAUACAGAAGCGUUUGAUAAUCAAUCUCAGUAAUUUCAAAGUAGCUGUUGUUGAUAAAAAUGGCGUGCAACGUUUGGAUGACAUUUCAUCGAAAUCUCUUUUGAACUACGUUCCAUAAAAAUAAAUCAUGAAAUGAUCAGAAAAUUUCUAAAAAAUAUUUUGAUACAAAAAAUAAAUAAUCCGCUAUUAAUCAAUGAA